AUGACGACCAUUACCUUAACCCAGGAGACCACCACGUCUCCAAACGCCAUCCCAGAGAGAUACCUGGCUGGCCUUGAUCCAGAAUGGCGGAAAAUGUGGACGGAGCAUGGAAAGGACGUGUCGGGCGCCCAUCUGAUCACAAUUGAGGAGUUUCAGAAAUGCCCUUCAAAAUACAGCUUCACCUACCCUACAUGGACCGGCCCCGAAGUCCACAAUGUCCACGAUAUACAGAUCCCUGUCUCAGAUCCGGAAGGCUUCAUCACUUGCCGAGCUUAUACGCCCUCCGGCACUGGCCCGUUUCCUGUUCAUCUCAAUUUCCACGGCGGAGGCUGGGUAUUGGGAGGGCUUGCCUCUGAAGCGGCCUGGUGCCGCAGUAUCUGCAACGAAUCUUCCAUAGUAGUGAUUGACGUGGACUACCGCCUGGCUCCGAAAUAUCCAUUCCCAACAGCUCUGUACGAUUGCUGGGCAGCCGUUCAGUGGGUCACCAAAAAUGCCUCGUCACUGAAUAUCAACCCUGCCUCGAUCUCGAUCGGAGGCCUCUCGUCUGGCGGGCAGAUGACCGCCGUUCUCGCCCACUUUGCCCGAGACAGUUCACCUCCGAUCAAGCUGAAGUUGCAGCUGAUGAUUGUACCCGCGACAGACAUGCGAUACGUUCCACUUUCGAUCACGAACGCAAAUCCGUUAACCGCCAAAACGUGCCGAUACCCAAGUGCGAUCUCGCUCGCUGAUCUUCCAUGGUCCCCGUUGGCAAGAGAGUCGUGGUUCCUGAACUAUUACAUCGGGACUGACCCAGUGACACGUGAACGAAUUCUGUCGGACUGGCGGAUGACGCCAGUCCUCGCGCCCUCGUUCAAGAAUCUUGCUCCGGCACAUAUCGUGACUGCGGAAUUCGACGUCGAGCGGGACGAGGGAGAAUACUAUGCGGAACUUCUUCGGGCGGGUGGCAAUAUCGUGACGACGAAGCGAUAUCCCGGGGUUCCCCAUGCAUUCGCACACUACAACCACCCUGAACGGGGUCUAAGCAAGAGUCACGAGUUCUUGCGAGACUCUGCAGAAUUGCUGAGAAGGGUUCACUGGGGGACGGGGCAGUGA